AUGGAGCUGGCCCGCAACAGCAGCGCGGGGCCGCCCAACGGCUCCCUGGGCGCCGCCUCGCCCUCCUCGGUGCUGCUGCCGCCGGCGCCGGCCGCCCCCUACUCGCCGGCCGCCGUGGCCUCGCUGGCGGCCGUGGUGGGCUUCCUGAUCGUCUUCACCAUCGUGGGCAACGUGCUGGUGGUGCUGGCCGUGCUGAGCAGCCGGGCCUUGCGGGCGCCGCAGAACCUCUUCCUGGUCUCGCUGGCCUGCGCCGACAUCCUGGUGGCCGCCCUGGUGAUGCCCUUCUCGCUGGCCAACGAGGUGAUGGGCGGCUGGGCCUUCGGGCGGGCCUGGUGCAGCGCCUACCUGGCGCUCGACGUGCUCUUCUGCACCUCCUCCAUCGUGCACCUGUGCGCCAUCAGCCUGGACCGCUACUGGUCGGUCACGCAGGCCGUGGAGUACACCCGCAAGCGCACGCCCGGGCGCAUCAAGGCGGCCAUCCUGCUGGUGUGGCUGCUCUCGGCCCUCAUCUCCUUCCCGCCGCUGCUGCCGGGCUCCCACGCGGCGCCCGAGGCCGGCGCGCCCGCCCGCUGCCGCCUCAACGACGAGACGUGGUACAUCCUGUGCUCCUGCCUGGGCUCCUUCUUCGCGCCCUGCCUCAUCAUGGGCCUGGUCUACGUCCGCAUCUACCGGGUGGCCAAGCUGCGCACCAGGACGCUCUCCGAGAAGCGCCCGCCGCCCGACGCGCCCUCCCAGGCCGAGAACGGCCCCGGAAACGGCCGCUCGGGCCGGGACUCGCGCGGCUGGAAAGCCCCCGAGCUGGAGGACGUGGAGCUGGAGGAGAGCAGCCCGUCGGAGAGCCGGCGGCGGCGCAGCGGGGACGAGGCCCGGGCCCGGGGCGGCGCCUCCGCCGCCUUCUCCUUCUCCAAGCGCUCCAGCGGCCGCGCCGUCGACUUCUGGGCCUCCCACCGGCGGAGGCGCAGCGGCAGCGUGUGCCAAAGGGCCGCCAGCCAGGCCCGGGAGAAGCGCUUCACCUUCGUGCUGGCCGUGGUGAUGGGCGUCUUCGUGGUCUGCUGGUCGCCCUUCUUCUUCAGCUACAGCCUGUACGGCAUCUGCCGGGAGGCAUGCCAGGUGCCCGAGACCCUCUUCAAGUUCUUCUUCUGGAUCGGCUACUGCAACAGCUCCCUCAACCCGGUCAUCUACACCAUCUUCAACCAGGACUUCCGCAGGUCCUUCAAACACAUCCUCUUCGGGAGGAGGAGGAGGAGGAGGAAGAAGAAGAAGCUGUUCUUCUUGCACUGA